AGAUAUUUAAAAUUCUGAAUCUGUGUGCAGGAAAAAUAAAAAACCAGCCUCGUUUUGUAGAAUCUGCAUAUGAUAUCAUAAAACUGUGUGGCUUGCCAUUUUUGAAAAAGAAAGUAUCGGAUGAAAUAACUUAUGCUGAAGAUACUGCUAAUUCAAUUGCGCUUCUGGGUAAGUUGAGAUUUCCUUAAGGUAUACGGAUGUAAUGUAUGACAGGUCCUACUGACAAGGAAGUAUCUAUUUUCCCCAAGUUUCACUAAGAGGACUCCUUCUCCAUGUCUAGGAUCUUCUGUUGUUUCCUGGUAGUGAAUUAAUCACAGUGUGCAUGGUGAUAAUUCUGGUAUUGUAUUCUGCUCAGGUUGUUUCAUGAUACCAAUAAAAGUCCGUCUUCUAAGUACAAGGACAGGCUGGUUAUGUAGUUUGAUGAUUUGUUGUUUAGUUUGAUGAAGUGUUUGUUCACUAUUUUUGUAAAUCAGAAAGUAUACAUCCCCCUUUUUAAGUAAUCACGAAAACAUUUCAACUUUGAACUCUAAUAUUUAAUUGCUACAAUCAUAGAAUUAUUCAUUAAAUGAUCUAAAAUUUUAAAUCAAAUCAUAAAAUGAUAGCAUAUUAAGAACUUCAACAUAAUGCACAUAAAGAUGCAGAUGCCUGUAUUUUGUACACAAAAAUAUGAAAAAUAUCAUAAAAGGGUAGGUAUUUACAUACGGGUUAUCACUUGAUUUUCUAAAGAAAGAAAACAAUUUCCUGGGAAAUUAGAUCAGGGAAACACUGGCUCUUUGAGUCAGCUCCUGGGACAUGACAGCAUGUUCCCAAAACAAAUUGUACAUUAAAUCGAUACUUACUAGUUUAGGUCUUUAUUUGUACAGGAGGAAUAAAAGAUACACAAUUGAUCCAAUAUAUCAUUAAAAAUAUUUGCUGAAUAGUGAUGUUGCCAGCAUUACACUCCAUGUAGAAAGAUGUUAGAGAUUCAACUGGAAUGAAGAAAAAAAAGGAUUUUUCUUUUUAACAUAGAACUAACCCUUUUAUAUCUCAGUAGGUUUUAUAGUUUUUAAUUUUAGUUACUUUGGGAAAACUACCUAGGAUUCACCUACUCUACAGCCUAGAGUAGAAAAACACCUUAGGAAGCAGGCAGGUUCAGAAAUAUGGGAAUUUUUAAUUAUGUGAAUCUCUAUCAUCAGUGGAAAUUUACAACAAGAAGCCAACCCAAAAGAGGACAUGGUAGCAUUAACAGAGAAAAAGUGUAGUUUUUGUUGGUAACAUUUUUAAAAAUACCCCCGUUGCCAUUAUUUUUAAAUAUUGCUUCCAAAAGUGUUGACAGUCACUUGUAUUAUAAAUACAGGCCAGUUUUUUACUGAGUGUCAGCUUGUUCUUUGCUCAAUGACUGGUACCUGCCUAUACAACAUGCUACUAUCUUAUAUGACAACAGUAUGAACUCUUAACUUUAAAUGAGUUUCCUUUGCUGAUUACUGACUGCAAGUACUGCUCUUCUGUCUCUCGGUUUUUUUAAAUGGCUGGAAACAUUAGUUUAAACUAAAAUAAUUGUAUAUAAGAUGAAAUGUUGAACAAAAACUCUUCAUGAUUUUAGUAAGAACUUCCAGUUUCUACUCUGUGCUAAUAAGUUAUAUUACAUUUUCUUCCAAAUGACACAUAGAUAUUUCUGACUCAGAAGCAAGAUUCUGGAAAUGGAUGAGGGAAGAAGUUGGUUCUCUGCCCUGAGAUUAUGAAACAGGAAGCUAUGAUAAAUUAUCUAAAUUUACAGGAACUAAAACAGUGGAAAAGCAGAUGAAAGACCCUAGAAUUUCCCAUAAGCCUGCAUAUUUGGAUAGUCUUGUUGGAAAAGCUUAGUUGUUCCUAUUGUGUAAAAUUUUUAAAACCUAAGUAGUGAUUUUGCAACUCCAAAAGAACAGUCCAAAAAAUAAAUAAAAUUUAGAGUUAGAAUAAUCUUAAAACUGUCUUUUUUAAGUGAUGUCUUUUGCAGAGAUUCUCCUGAAGCUAGGGUCAGGCUUUCCUUUGUGCUUUAUCCUUCUGUCCGCUUGCCACCCCACUUGCUAACCACCUCCAGAGAUUAGCAUCUUGCAAGGGCUAAUGCAAAAGAGGAAUUGCUAAUUAUUCUUUUACCCUCAGAGAGUCCAACCAGUUCUAGUUUAGUUCUAAGGUUGAUAUCACUGACUACAGCUGUCCUCGGGCAUUCAGAGAACCUGGAUCAUUUCCAGAGUCUCACAGAUCAUUUUCAGAUACUCUUGGGGAUCAUGUUUAUAGGACUUCAACAGAGUAGAUACAAAUCCAGUUUGAAAUACAGGCUGAAGCCAAUUUAAUUGUAGUUUAGAUACGACCGAAAAGGAACCUUUCUAUUCACCAACCCCACGCAGACAGCUUGAACAUAAAACUAUUACCCUUGCCUGUGGGGCAGCUGCCUAAAAACUCACUCUCUUCCAGUCUGCCAACAAAUUGAAGAGCAAAGUUCACCUGGAACUUCUCUAAGCAAAGAAUGCAUUAGUAAAGACAAAAAAUUACUGACCCUCUAGUUAGGGAGAAAAAUGCUAACCCAUAUCUUGUCAAAGUAAUAAUAGUAUCUAACACAUGUAGAACUUACAAUAUGCUAGAUGCUUUUCUCAGCCCUUUUCUCAUAUUAGCUAAUUUAAUCCUCACAGCAAUCUUAAAUGUGGUAACUAUUGUUAUACCUGUUUAAUAGAUGAGAAAGGUAAGACACAAGUUUAUAUGGGUAGUAAAUGGCAGAUCCAGGAUUUAAUCUUAGACAACUUGGUUCUAGCAUUUGUGUUAAUAAUCAUCAUUCUUUUCUCCCUAGAAAGGAGAGGCUGAAUUCAUUGAGGGGCCAAAUGUAUAAGGAUGGAUUCAGGGUGACUUAAUGAAAAUACCAAGUUCUGAAUUGAGGAUACAAAUUUGUAAGUGUAUUGUUGAUUUUUAUCAUGCAGAACCACCAAAGAAGCAUAUUCCAGGUUACCAGCAAGCGAGUUCAUCAUACAAGAUUCAAAUGGCUGAAGUUGGAGGAUUAGCAAAAACAAUGGUCCAGUCAAUCACCUUGCUUGAAAAUCAACUUGUUGAGAAACUUUGGGUACUUAAAGUUCUGCAGCAUCUUUCGACUUCUGAAGUUAAUUGUACUAUAAUGAUGAAAGCACAAGCAGCCAGUGGAAUCUGUACUCACCUCAAUGACCCAGAUCCCUCUGGACAGCUUUUAUUUCGUUCAUCAGAAAUACUUUGGAACUUGUUGGAAAAAUCUUCAAAAGAAGAAGUCAUACAACAGCUUAGUAACUUGGAAUGUUUGCUGGCUUUGAAGGAAGUAUUUACAAAUCUGUUUAUGAGAGGUUUCAGUCAUUAUGACCGUCAGCUUAGAAAUGACAUAUUAGUGAUCACUACAAUUAUAGCUCAAAAUCCUGAAGCACCAAUGAUUGAAUGUGGCUUUGCCAAGGAUUUGAUACUGUUUGCCACCUUUAAUGAAGUUAAAAGUCAAAAUCUUUUGGUAAAAGGACUUAAGCUUUCUAAUUCCUAUGAAGAUUUUGAGUUGAAGAAAUUACUAUUCAAUGUAAUUGUGAUCUUAUGUAAAGAUUUACCUACUGUACAGCUAUUAAUUGAUGGCAAAGUUAUUUUGGCUUUGUUUACCUAUGUUAAGAAGCCUGAGAAACAAAAAAUAAUGGACUGGUCUGCAGCACAGCAUGAAGAAUUACAACUGCAUGCAAUUGCCACUUUGUCGUCAGUGGCUCCUUUAUUAAUAGAAGAAUACAUGUCAUGCCAGGGAAAUGCUCGAGUCCUUGCAUUUCUAGAAUGGUGUGAGAGUGAAGAUCCGUUUUUCAGUCAUGGUAACAGUUUUCAUGGUACAGGUGGCCGAGGCAACAAGUUUGCCCAGAUGCGUUACAGUUUAAGACUCCUGAGAGCCAUGGUCUACCUCGAAGAUGAGACUGUAAACACAGAUCUUUGUGAAAAGGGAACAAUUCAGCAAAUGAUAGGAAUCUUUAAAAAUAUAAUAAGCAAGCCUAAUGAAAAGGAAGAAGCCAUUGUUUUGGAAAUCCAGUCAGAUAUUUUACUUAUCCUAUCUGGUCUUUGUGAGAAUCACAUUCAAAGGAAGGAAAUUUUCGGAACCGAAGGAGUAGAUAUAGUUCUUCAUGUGAUGAAAACAGACCCCAGGAAGUUACAGAGUGGCUUAGGGUAUAAUGUACUUCUUUUUAGUACAUUGGACAGCAUUUGGUGCUGUAUUUUGGGAUGUUAUCCUUCAGAGGAUUAUUUUCUUGAAAAGGAAGGCAUUUUUCUCCUUUUGGAUGUGUUGGCAUUGAACCAAAAAAAAUUCUGUAAUCUAAUACUUGGAAUAAUGGUUGAAUUUUGUGAUAAUCCCAAAACUGCAGCUCAUGUCAAUGCUUGGCAAGGGAAGAAGGAUCAAACAGCUGCUAGUCUUUUAAUUAAAUUGUGGAGAAGGGAGGAAAAAGAACUAGGAGUAAAACGUGAUAAAAAUGGGAAGAUCAUUGAUACAAAAAAACCUCUAUUUACUAGCUUUCAAGAAGAGCACGAAAUCAUCCCACUGCCUGCUAACUGCCCAUCUAUUGCAGUUAUGGAUGUUUCUGAGAAUAUUAGAGCAAAAAUUUAUGCUAUAUUGGGCAAACUAGAUUUUGAAAACUUACCUGGCCUCUCCGCUGAAGAUUUUGUCACCCUCUGUAUCAUACAUAGAUAUCUUGAUUUUAAAAUGGGAGAAAUAUGGAAUGAAAUAUAUGAAGAAAUAAAAUUAGAAAAAUUAAGACCAGUCACUAUAGAUAAAAAAGCUUUGGAAGCUAUUACAACAGCAUCAGAAAAUGUUGGAAAGAUGGUUGCUUCUCUGCAAAGUGAGAUAAUUGAAAGCCAAGCACGCCAAGAUGUGCAAAAUGAACAAAAAGUAUAUGCAAAAAUACAGGCCACACACAAGCAAAGAGAGCUGGCUAAUAAAUCAUGGGAAAAUUUCUUGGCUAGAACAUCAAAUGCGAAAACGUUAAAGAAAGCAAAAAGGCUUCAAGAAAAAGCUAUAGAAGCCUCCAGAUACCAUAAACGACCACAAAAUGCAGUAUUUCACCAAACAGAUAUUAAAGGCCUUAACACAACGGUGCCCUCCGGUGGGGUAGUAACAGUGGAAAGCACUCCUGCACGAUUAGUAGGAGGACCUCUGGCUGAUACGGCUAUUGCUCUUAAAAAACUGCCCAUUCGAGGAGGAGCCUUGCAGAAGGUGAAAGCAGUUGAAAUUGUGGAUGCACCAAAAAAGAGUAUUCCUACAUAAUAUAUUCUAGAGACUUUUUGAAAUAAAAUCAGCUCGUAAUUUUUUAGUUGAAUAUAUCUUUAUACAUAUGUAAAGCCAAUAUUUUAGAAUAAGUAUUUUAGUAUAAAUAUUUUAGUAAAAUACUAUAAAAAUAAAAGGACAUAUAAUUUAUUUUUAUGGAAAACAUCAACAUGUAAUAUCAGAAGAGUUGUCAUCAGUUGCUUUGGAAAGGCUACCAAUAUUAUUAAGUGAAAUUGUAAAACAUCAGUUAGGACUCUGUUGGUUGCAUGUGAACUAUUCUAACUAGUUUAAGCCAGAAAAAAAAUUUCUUACAGGCUCUGUAUCUAUCAAACCUAGGAGGAAUUUAAACUACAGGCAUUGCUGAAUCUAAGGACUAAAACUAUAUGAGUAGGAUCUUCUCCUUCCCUGGCAGCUCCUGGCUUAUAUUCUCUUAGGUUCAUGCCUGUGUCUCCGUGGUUUCUGCAAAUGCCUAUGCAUCUCAGGACCCCGAUUGCCCACAUGCCUACUUCUGAGUCAUUCACCAUGACUUUGGCCAUGGCUGAGUACUGCCUAUUCCUGGAGCCAGAAGCAGGGCAACUCCAUCCAAAACAUAUGGAUAGAGUGGGGAAUCAGGGUACUAUUACCAAAAGCACGUAUAUAUGAAUAUUGGGCAGCAAGAUAAACAAUAACUCUGCAACAAAUAUGUUGGUCAAAAUAAAAUUAUGUUUUCUCUGCUAUAAAAGCAAAUGUUAGUCAUGAGCUAAAUGGUAAAAAAGAAAAAUAUAGCUGGUUUUACUCUUAAUGUAUAAAUAUGCCAAGCAAA